AUGGCUGCCUCUUGUAGUGGAAAAGCGAAUUUUGUUUUUCAUAUAACCUUAUUAAUCUUAAUGUUUCUUAUUCGUCUUGGCUGGGGAAGAGUCCAUAAAAUACAGUUAAAGGUAUGGUUAUCCUACAAAUGUGGCCCGUAUGGUGUAUUGUUAAUAUUUUUGUAAUUACUCACUUGUCGAUACCAUCAUUUUAGCUUGUGCUUCUUGUAGGUUGAGACUUAAGCUUAAUUAGGGUUCUUAAGAACGUUUUCAAUGGGAUGCUCUGUUAGGCAACCAGCUUUAAAACACCUUAUUUCACUCGGCGUAAACAUAUGAAGAAACAUUUGAAAAAAGGACUGAAAUGUCGUGUUUGAAUAACUACAUUGAGUAAAGCAUAAUUUAUGGAAAAACACAUCAUAGAAUACGUUUUCAUUUUUUAUUUGCACAUUAUUAAAACUGUUUCCUUUUUCCUUCGGGGGAAAAAGUAACAGAGGCAUUUUGUCAGUUGUCGGUGCUCAUUGAAACCCCAAAGCUAAUGGUAAACAGCUCGGCCUGUUUAUAUUGAGUUGUGGCAUUUGCUUCUGGUUAUGGAUGAACUUGGGAGGAUUGCUGAGAGCUCAGAGCUGGAUUGUUCAAAGUUGGUUUAAGAUAAGCCAGAAUAAUGCAAAAUUAGAAAUCAAAUAUGAAAGCCUAAAAAGCCAAUUCAGUUGAAUUAAUUUUGUCUACAAUUUGAUCAUUGGAUGUGCUAAAAAGAAUAGAGAAAAUUAUCAGGGAGAUUACAUUUGAACUAAAGAAACAAGAACCCACAAUAAAAAUUAACGCUGGGUCAAUGCUAAUCAUUCUUCAAACAAAUUCUUUGAGAUUAAUGUAUUAGUCAACCAAGUCCAUGCAGAAUAGGAACGUGAAGGACACUUGUGCUUUUGAAUGUUAAGUGAACAUUCUAGCUGUGCUAUAAUUUCAUUUUAUUAAGUAUAAUACACAUGUUAAUUGAUAGAUUUAUGAUAUAUAUCAAUGGUUCCAAAUAUACUUCAUUGAUUCCCUUACAGAUCACAUAGGUAAGAAAACAAAAGACCUGCAUGUAUCGGAUAACCUCCCCAAAGUUUAUAGCCUGUGAAUUGUAUUCCCUUUAGGAUGAAGUGAGGCAGACAAUUGAAUUGAGUAAGUUUGGAUUUCUUCAAAAGGGGAACCUCACUGUUAAAUUUUCUAACUUGACGAUAGAAGACAUGAGGCAGUCAAAUAAAGUGCAGGUAAGUAUAAUGAAGAAGCAAAUGGCUGCAGGUCCAUCAGUUCAGGAAGCAACUCAUUGGUGAUAAAAUGUUAAAUGCAUGUGCCAGUAGUAAUAUAUUCUGGUCAUAAAACAUAUCAUCGAAUUAAAGUGCCUGUGUAUUAACAAUAAUUAUUUGAAUUAUAUGAAUGGAGAUCAUCGCAGUUAUAUCGCAACUUUUGCAGUUGCAAAAAGUAAGUCUGAAAAAAAAAAACAGGCUUGCACGUGAUUCGAACCCUUGACCUCUGCGAUACCGGUGCUGCAAUAUAAUUCUUCACUCUGCAGUUCACAUAUAUGAUUUUCACAUAUUCACAACUUCAAUAUAUGUCAAUGUAAAGUCAGUUCUAUUUAUACUCUUACUGUGAUACUCACAAAACUCUGAACACCGCAAGUGUUGAUUUUUUAAUGGAAUUUUAUUGUGCUGCAAGGAAAAAGCCAAUGAGGCAUGAGAAAACCAAACUGCAAACAUCAAUGAUAGUUAUUUUGGGGUUUGCUCUUGUGUCCUAAUCUAUUAUACGAUUAUGUCUAUAAUCGCAUUUGCCAAUAUGUAGUUGUAUAAAGCCAGGAUAAGAAAGUUAAUGAUGAUAAUACUACUACUACUACUACUACUACUACUAAUAAUAAACUAAUAAUAGUUAAAAUUUGUAUAGUGCCUGUCCAGUCCUGCUCUAGGCCCUUUACAUAACAUUCCAAACAAUAAAUAGUAAAUGAAUGAAAAUUAAGAUAAAAAUAGCCAUACUAACAAAGAUGUGCUUUCCUAAGAAGGUAUGUGUCAAGGUUAGAUUUAAAAGUACUUAAAUAUUGUCACAUGAACGGAAGUUGUCUGGUAGACUGUUCCACAGGUCAGGAGCAGCAGCAGCAGGGCUCUAGACCCAUAGGAUUUCUGAUUAAAGUUACUGGGAUUCAUGCAUACAUGUAGUGUACUAAAUGAUCGGAGUGUUCUGAGCGGUGAAUAGCAAGUUACCAAAUCUUGAAUGUAGGUGGGUACUUGUUGGUGUAGAGCCUUGAAAUUGAGCACAGGAUUUUGAAUUUAAUACGCUCAUUUACAGGAAGCCAGUGUAGAUUGGACAGAACUAGGGUGAUGUGGUCAUAUUCGCAAAAGCAUUCUGUACCGAUUGAAGCUUUUUCAAAACAUACUUCAGCACAUUAUACAAAAGAGAGUUGCAGUAGUCAAGCUUGAAGGGUGCAAAAGCAUGGACGAGAAUCUCAGUAGUCUUUGAAGAUAGGAAUUUUCUUAUACAGGAAAUUUUAUGCAGAUAGUAGAAGGCUGAUAUACAUACUAAUUCACAUGAGGAAGCAUAGACAUAGGAGUGUCAAAAAUGGCACCAAUGUUUUUGGCAGAUUGGGAUGGAUGAAUUGUAUCAUUUCUGAAUCAAAGUGGUGGUUGAGACUAUAGGACAAUGCAUUUAGAAUAGAGGUAGAGAAGUUCAGUUUAUUAAGAGCUGGGCACUUAUCAAGAUCUAACUAGCAAUCCUGGAUUUUAGCAGUGGUACUGGGUGAUUCUAGGUCAUUGCUUGGUGAAAAGGAGAUGCGUUAUUGAGUAUCAGCAAAGAAAUGAAGUUGUAUCUUGUAAUAACGCAGGACAUCAGCCAGUGGUGCUGUAUAAAGUAGGUACAGGAUGGGUUUAAGGACAGAACCUUGAGGCAUGCCACAUUUGAGCUCGCGAGAUUGUGAUUUUUUCCAUCUAUUAAGGUAAAUUGUGUGCAGUUUGUAAGGUACAACCAUAACCAGUCAAGAGCAGUACUGUAAAUUGAGAACCUAAAGUGAAGUCUUUUAAGUAGGAUAUUGUGGUUGACAGUGUCAAAAGCUGCAGACAGGUCAAGCAGCAAAAGUAUAACACAGUGACGAUUAUCAAUUUGUGAAUGCAAGUGAGGACAGUUUUGCAGCUAUGGAAAUUGCUUAUAGACUGAUUGUAGAGGUUCAUUAAGUUGGUAGAAUGAUUCCAGGUAGUGUUGUAGACGUAAAGCCACAACUUUCUUGGUAAUUUUAGAAAUAACUUUGAGAUUUAAGAUAGGUCUCAGGGCUCGAAAUUAAACAAAUCUUCAGGUCGCCUUUUGGCGACCAACCGGAAAAUUAUAGUCGCCAGAUGCAAAUUUGGAGGUAAACUGGCUUUGUUUCUGCGAUUUGGCGCAUUUUUUAUGAUGAAAGCAAAGCAAGAUAAGAUGAAAUGUUUGCUUUAAUUUUACUCUUCUAAAAUCUGGUCGCCACUUUGGCGACUAAACCAGAAUUUUUAGUCGCCAAGGAGAAAAUGUUAGUCGCAUUGGCGACCAUAUCAGUCGCAAUUUCGAGCCCUGGGUCUUAAUUACCAAGGACCUCAUGAUCCAAAGGUUUCUUGUUUUAAAACAAUUAAUCAUCUCCAGUCUAUUGUUGUCAUACAGCUCUGGACUUAAUUACUGUCCUUAUUUAUUUAUUUAUUUAUUUAUAUUUAUUGGUUUCAUUCUUGGUGUUGGGGAACGGGGCUUGUUUGAGACAGGGGGCAUGCAGCUAUAUAGACAUGGCUCGUACAAUCUUUAAAAGGUCUUGAAUUUUACUAGUCAUCUUGAAAAGUCCUUGAAUUCGGUUUAGGUCCUUGAAAAGUAGCUGAUUUCUUUAUUAGGUCAUGAAAAGUACUUGAAAUUCACAACCUUGUCUAUGCCAGACACCUUUUUCUGUAAAAUUAGAUUAUUUUGCCGAGGAAAAUUUAGCUCAUCCUCAGUGCAAGAACCUGUAAAACUCACGGGUAUUGUAAAAACAUUUUUGUGCAUGAACAAUAUUUUGUUUCUUUAUUUCAAAUGCCAUUUCUGUACCUCAGAUGCAAUUGCAAGUCAUACCCAGUCAUUUUGUAACGUCUUGUAGUGGAAAGUACAUGUAGUAUGAAAAUAAUGUGAUCAGUGAUAGGGGUGUAACGAUUCGUAUUCCUUGUGAUUCGAUUCGAUUUCGAUUAUUGCCUUUUGAUUUCGAUUAUUUCGAUUCGAUUAUGUAAAUGUUUCUUAAUUCUUAUAACAUAACGCGUAAUGUAAACAACAUGCAACCCUAAACAACAGGGACAGGAGGAUUCGCAGUUGCUUGGUUCAUCGCCAUGUUUGAGAACCUGACAAAGAGUGUGUUGCACAUGCCUUAUUUGGAAAUUCUCAAGGGGAGGUUGAAGGACAGCAUUUUUACCAGGCAACACAAAAUGGUGCACAAACUGCUAUCGUCUUUGCUGGUCAAUCAAAAACGCACAUUAAAGAGUUCUGGAUUCUUAUUUUAGAAUAUAAUAACUCACUGAGGGCACCCUGGAGAAGGUGUCCAAAAAUCCAACCAAAAUCAAAACGUGGAAGCAGAGAAUCGUGAAUCGAACCGAAUGGUCAUAAUCGUGAUUAAUCGAGAAUUCAAUUAAUCAUUACACCACUAAUCAAUGAUGGCUGAAGAAGUAAUAAUGGUAAAUGACUUCAUGAUGUGUUUUAGCCAAUAGGGUGAUCAAAGGGGAUUAAAGAAUGUCGAUUUAUUAAAUAAAUCUUAGUUCUUGAAAACUGUAAUUUGUCCUUCAAACAUCCUUGAAAAGUCCUUGAAAUUUGUUUGUCUGAAGUUGUACGAACCAUGUAUAGAGUCAGGGUGCAAAGAAAAUCAUUUUUACAGCUUGCCAUUCGGGCAAGCUGAAGCUAGCAUUUAGUAGCCCAGACAUCAUUUCAACUAGCCCCAAAACGUUUUGACUAGCAGAAUUAUUGUUUUCACAGUUCUUCUGUUAUUUGAAUUCCUCAAAAAAAAUCACUUAUCCACCGGGCAAGUUAAAAACAGAAUUCACUAGCCCAAUAGCAAAAUCCACUAGCCACGGGCUAUCGGACAUUACUUUCUUUGCACACUGAGAGUUGUGAAGUAGAGAUCACUCAGGAAGGGUUUUUUUAUUGUUAGUUUGGCUUUACUUUGGAGAAGACAGGAAGUGAUGGAAUAUCACCUUAUAUGGUAAGAAUGUUUAUAGUUCUGAGUUUUUACCAUUUGUACUUAAGGUUGUGGGUUACUGCAGUCUUCAGAUUGGCAGCUAGUGUUGGUCCAGGGCUGUCAAUAAAGGCCUGGCACGAGCCGGCCGUUAACCAAAGAUGGGUUGAAACUGUGACAGUGAUGAGGGAAGUAACAAUUAAUACAAUAGUAAAAUAUCAACAGCAACAUGGCCUCCUGCCUCUUCAAUAGGCAAAACUACUUCUUUUGAAAUUCAGACUAGGGACUGCAUCCAUACUCCAUUAAGAGAGCAUAUCUCUGGAAACUAGCUACACCCCUAUUUAGGUUGAAUCCAUUUAUUUAAUCGCCGUCCAGUUACAGGUCAAAUUUGAUUUCAGGUUAAUUUUCAUUUAACCAAGGUUGAUUCACAAAUUCCUUUGUCUCCUUGCCCUAAUUCAAUAGAGAGUCAACCUAGGUUAAAUAAUUUUAACCUGAAUAUAAUUUGACCUGUAACAUGUACCACUGGUGGUGACUGUUCUCAUAUACUGAACAAUAAUUUAAUAAAUGAGGCUGAAUAUCUUAUGAAGAAUUAUGGAGAUCGAGGAGGGUGUUAUCCUUCGAGGCCGUAGGCCGAGGUGGAUAACAUACUCUGAGAUCUCCAUUAUUCUUCAUAUGAUAUGAAAGCCGAAUUCAAUGAUUGAUUUAUUAUUCAUUCAAAAUAAUUCCUAGUUUCAAAACAAAGCUAAAACCUGCUUACCUCCAUUGAUGUUAAGUUCACCUUCAAUAGUGCACGUUUAGGGUUUUUCAGCUCCACAAAUGUUCGCCAAAUAGCAGAUGUCGCCCUUCAAGUUGUGUUCUUGCUGUUCUCCCCAUGUUUUUGCUAUAAUUUUCCCUAGUUCUUACUCUUCAAAAGAGUGAAAUGUCCGACAUUUUUUGUUUUCACAACCAAAACAACUCAACCUCGUCCACAGAUCUUCUCGGUUAAAAGUGCCUUAACCUGCAAGAACGCUGCACUUUUUACGUCAUUUCCUCGUUAAACACAAAAUUCUUCCAAAUUUGGUCAUCAGUAACUGGUUAUGGUGAAUUAUGCGUGUGCUUUUAGCCAAUCAGUCGCGGAAAUAUUUUGAAUGUAUAAUAAUAAUAAUUAGUAUAUGAGAACAGUCACCAUCAGUUGUACAUGUUAUACUAAUUAUUAUUAGUAUAUUGUACAAAUAUUGUAACUCCUGCUAGACAUUCAUUAUGCAUAUAAUAUUUCUGAGGUCUGAUUUUUAAUUAUCUUAGGAACAGCACAGUGAGAGAUGUAUUCUUAAGGAUCAGUCUCAAGUACGUUCUAAUGGCAACCAAAUAUCUUUGGCAAUUAUCAAGUUUGUUCUGACAGAUCAGUCACAGUAAGUUUAUUGGCCUAGCAUGUAAAAUAAAUUUAGGUUUAUUUUUUAUUGAAAGGUACCUCAAUGCAAGCCUUUGUUAAAUAUCCACAUUUUUCUGAUACUUUCUUUACAUUGUCCUUAAACUUGGCACUAUUAUUAUCUAUGUUUUGUUUAACCCAUGCUAAAGUUAUAUUUGUAUUUCUGCAAUGGGACAAAAUAACCAUGACUGUGUUAAAAGAGUCCUAUAAAGGUGUAUGUAUGUAUUGUAUGUAUUGAACCAAACAGUUUCUCUGAUUCUAAAGUCCAAUGCUUUUAAUUUAUUUUAGACUUAUUAGUCUCGCUUGCUUGAGCAGAGCGAGACUCUUAAAAUGCAGUCGGUUUUCUUUUUUCGUCGGACCUAGUUUGUAGGCCACGCGUUCUUAGCGAAGACCGUGGAAACUGGGGAUAAGAAUUGUGACGACUUUCAUUGUAUGGAAAUGAGUCUCGUGAUGAGAAUGCAGUUUAUUUCGGUGAUGACUGAAAUGACGCAUGUAAGUUUGGCAAUGACGUAAUUUUCCUCUAAUGGAGGCCCUAGAUUUUCGUGUAAUUAUGCACGACAUGCAGGCACAUCCCCAAGCAGGAUGAGAAAAUAUUAUAGCGGGGAAAUCCUCAGGAUUUUGUGGCUUUUAAGGCGUUACGUUUCUCAGAAUAUUGUCGCAAUUACAGGAAAUGUACGGUUAAAUAGAUUCACUUUGUUUUAUGUAUUUAUUUGAUAGAUUUUCGCAUUUGUUACGAUGUGAAGUCGUGUUGCACUUCAAAAAAUACUUGAGAUAUGAAGUAUCCACUGACACGUAAUUUUUACGUCCGCACGUGCUUAAAAUUUGCAUUCGCAAAUAAAAUAAAGGCAAUGUAUGAAAGGCUGCACAUACAAUUAUGCAAGCGCAAAAGUAGAAACUCACUUAAUUUGACGUUUAAUCUCAAUACUUUAUGUCUUACCUCUAUUUGAUUUACGUGAUUAAAAUUUACGUGCGUUAACGUGCGGAGCCAAAAACGCAUCAGUGGAAAUCCACCCUAACGUGUCACUGAUGUGUUUAUACGGGUAGCUUUGAACUUGACUAACCGCACACUCUACUUGCAACACUUCAUGUCCAUAGAAUAGAAAUCCCAUAUCGAGCUUUUCCGGAAAGGGUUGGUCCAAGAAUUCUAUGGCUUGAAAGCGUUGAUUAUUUUGGAACAACUUACUGAUCACUUGAGUGGUCGAAAAAAAAGAAUAAUCUUAAUGAGCAAAACUUCAAGGUUUACUGGAAAAUCAGGAUCGAGGAUUGAGGAUCGAGAAAUCAGGGAUCAAGGAUCGGUUAAAAAGAACUUGAAAAUAAAAUAAAUAAAUAAAUCGUGGAUCAGUGAUGAUGUGGGCCGCAGGCUGUAGAUAAAUUUCACAGAACAUAACCCCGUUUGCUGUACUAAACGCUAAAUUCAAGUAAACUAAUCCGAGUCUGUCUGAGUCAGUGAUUGUUUUGACGAGAAAAUGAAACGCUUUAUCCUGGUGAUACUGUAAUACAAGAAAAAACUUUUAACAGUUUUUAAUUUUUCAGUGUACAUUUGCUUUCAGUACUCCUUAUUUUUCUUGUAAUUGUUGUAUGCAUGACCCCACCAGCAAUGCUGAUCUUUUUAUCGUGCCAUAAACUAAGGUUCUUACCUACCCACCUACCUACCUACCUACCUAUCUAUCUAUUUAUCUAUCUAUCUACCUAUCUACCUACCUACCUAUCUAUCUAUCUAUCUAUCUGUCCGUCCGUCCGUCCGUCCGUCCAUCCGUCCGUCCGUCCGUCCGUCUAUCUAUCUAAAAUGCAUGCUGUGUACAACUCUAAACAUUGUACUCUGAGACUGUACAGAGAUAUUAAAAGUAGAUACUAAGCAGCUAUGGAAAAUGUCAUUACUUUUAUGCGAUAUUGAUAUCUUAGAAAACCGACAACUAAUUCAACAGGAAUAGGUGCGAACUGAAUUAACUAUAUGUUGUAUAAGGUUCUGUUCAACUUACACUUUUUUCCUGUGAUGAACAUAUGCUGUACCGAGCCGUAUCUUGGUUCGGUACAAAGAAGCUAUGUAUAUUUAUACUGACAGAGUCAUGGGCCCCUGAUACCGAUAAAAAUCAUCGUUCAAUUUUGUGAGUGUGGAAUCCCUGAAAGAGUACUCCUCAAUGGAGCAAUAUCAAUAUGUAGAAGUUUUUCAAAGGUUUCACACCGGUUUGAGGCUAAGAUGUGCGGCCUGUCUCUCCUUGCAAUUUUUACUUUUUGAGUAUAUACAUUAUGACAUGCAACACUCGUUUUGUAUUCCAAACGAAAAGUAGUUUAACGGCACCGGGGCCUUUGACAACAAAACUCAUCUCCAAGCAAGCGAGACUCAACGCUCCUAAGAGCGUUCUUGUUAUUAUUUUUUUGUAUCAAAUGGCCUCUCUUUUCUUUUCUGGAGGUGGGUAAAUUAUAUUUUAUAUAAGAUAUUUUAUUAACAUAAGAUAUUUUAUUAACAUUUCUAGGGAAGUAGAGAUUUAUUACAUGUGCUUUAAUAUGUGUAUUUAACCCUUUUUUACUUUUAGUAUUGAAAUUGACAAGUAUGGCAGUGAUUUCUUAGACUUGAGUAUCAAGGACAUGGGUAGAUUGUAUACAACAGUGGCAACUGCGACAUCUUCACCAGUCUCAUCUGGUACCCAUAUUAAGAAUGGGUCACAAACAGCUAUUAGAACUCCUACAAGCUCUAUGUUAUCAGCUGUAACCAACAAAAGCCAGAAGAUGUCUUCUGCUGUAUCAAUGUCAGUGAGCACUUUGACAAGCCCUUCACCACCAUCCAACAGUACAGUUACUUCUCCUUCAAGAAAUUCAGCUGACCAUAGUAAACAGUUUACUCCCAGUGAAGGUGGAAACAUUACCCGAAAAAGGAGAGAAGCAGAAACAACUAGGGCAACUCUAGUGAAAGGUCCAGUUCAAAGUUUGCCCUUGUAUAAAUCAGAGAAGACAUAUUCUGGUAAUGUAAGUAGAACCUCCCUAUUUACUAGACCUUCUCAAAAUUUACAACCUAGUAAAAUUUUUAUGAUCUAAGUCAACAAUGUCAUUGACUAUCCUAAGAUAUAUUGCAUGAAUUAAAGACUUGUAGAUGAUGAGCCUUUUCUGUUGCUGCCCCAUGCUUCAGAACUCUCUUUACUCUACCAGAGAUACCAGACAAGCAAAUAACUAGACUCUUUUAAGUUUAUGUUUUUACACAACUUUAUUAAUUUUUUAUAAAAGCUAUUUUAGCCUUAUUUAUUGUGAUAGUAUAUUACUUUGUUUUUUUCUUACAUUUAUUUUUAAAUCUAUUUUGCAAAGUGCCAUUUUAAUUUUGGAUUUUGGUGCUACAGUGUAUAUUCAAAUUUCACUAUAUUUGUUAUUAUUUUCUUUUAAUAUUAAGUAUGUUAUUGAACUAUAUUCACCCCAGUCAUUAUUUUAAUAACCAACAAAUAGGGGUUAAAUGUCCUAUUCCCUUAAAGUUAAGACAGUUAAAUAGAAUUUCAAUAGAACUGUUUUUAUUUCUGUCAUUCUUGUUAUUAUCCACAUCCCUUGUAUCACUUGUGACAUCAUCAGUUUUAACAGUCAAGGACAUUUUUUUCAUGUACUAAAUUGUGCAGGAGGAAGAGAUCUUUCAAACCAUACCCAUCCAGCAUGAGCAUGAUUCAGUCAAGGACGGAAACAACCAUGUAAAGUUCACCUGAAAACUGUAAUGAAAAUCUUUUUCCACUAGACAGCUUCACUUCCUUCCAUCUACUCCUACAAUCCUUAAUGCUUUACCAAAAAUUCUUUCCCUCUGAAAUGAAGCCUGGUAAAUGCCCUGCCAAAGAAAAGAAAAAGGGCAAGAGAUUGAAGCAGACAAAGAUUGCAGAAAAGUCCAGACUUUUAAACCCAAAAUACUCUCUAAAAAUUUAGCUUUCUGUGCAUGUCUGAACUUCUGAAGCUGAUAUUUUGCAUCUGGAAUAGAAGGCUGCAUAGUGCAGGACCUGUAAAUGGUUCUUUAGUAUGUUUUAGCUCUUAAUAACCAGACACCAGGUGUCUGGUGAUAUGAUGGGACGGAAUGGCCACAAAAAUUUUAGCUCCGUUGCUAUUGCCCUAGUGCACUUUUAUUUCCUAACCUCUACUAAUCUAAAUGGAAGCAAAAAUUAAUACUCUGGGAUGAUACAAUCACUCAAAGAGAAGUUUUUAAAUCAUCUUACGUUGCUCCAAGCAAUUUAACAGCUGAUAUCACAAUAACAGCCACAUGUGUUUUCAAGUUCUACUGCGGUUUUGACCAGGAAAGCAUUCCUUCGGUGAAGAAUAUCAUACUACUCCAAUAGUUUGGCUACCUUCAAUCCAAAGCUACUACAAAUCAUUCGUAGCAGUGAUAUUCACCCUCAAUGUGGAAAAAUGUUUGAUAAAAUAGAUAAUAAAAUGUUUGACAUGUUUGAAAGAACCAUCGCUCAAAAUCAUCAAAGCACAACAUGCACUACUUGCAAGUCAAGGUUUCACACCAAAUGCAGUGGCCUGUGUGUCGUGAAUUAUAAACGAAUAAUUUCAAUCUGGUGAUAUCAGGGACUGGAACUCCUCAAAUUGAAAAGAGUCAAUCCAAGGAGUUUUUAAUUUCUCUGACUCUUUCUUUGAAGAGAAAAAUGAAAGUCAAGUUGAAAAUGCAAAUGACCAAGAUGAGUCAACAAGCAUGGAAAAUUAUGCAAACCUGUAUUGUUCCAAUCUUGAUUUGUUUGCUCAGAGAAAACAAGACUCCAGAAAUAUGCUGAUUAAGCACUUACCCUGUAAACAUCAAUAGCAUCCAGGGCUUCUGAUAUUUCGCGGAAAAAAACACCAAAUUUCGCGGGAUUUUCGGGGGCAAAUUCGCGGAAAAAUCGGCCGAUUUCGCGGGAUUUUCGCGGGAAAAAAGUCAAAACUUGCGGAAAAAUUGGCCGAUUUCGUCGGAUUUUCGCGGGAAAAACUCAAAAUUCGCGGCAAAAUCCGCCGAUUUCGCGGGAGAAAAGUCAAAAUUCGCAGGAAAAUCGACCGAUUUCGCGGCAUUUUAGCGGAAAAAGUCAAAUUUCGAAGGAUUUUCAGGGGCAAAUUCAUAGAAAAAUCGGCCGAUUUCACGGGGAAACUUCGCCAAGAAACAAUCAGUAAAAAACAGCCGAUUUCGCUGGGGUUUUUUGGCAAAUUUCGCUAAAAACGAUCAAUUUUGCGUCGAUAUGACCAGCGUUGUUUAACGUUUUUUUAACAGGGAUAAUCAUUUGCUCCUUCAACAACAGUUUGCUCGAGAAAUGAACGAAUGCUAAAGUUGUUUACAUUGUGGUUAGUGCCCAGUUUUUCGCAAAGUUCAUCUAAGAACGCCUGUUAGUUUUGGGACGUUGUUUACUCGUUGCAGUGACGAAGUUUCAAGAUAGAUUUGGACAUUUGGGAUGAAUAGAAAAGGUCUAAUAGCCAAGAUAAGUAUUAAAUAUGUUUUGCCGACAUGUAUUUGGAAAUAUUUCUUGCGGAUUUCGCGGUAUUUCGCGUUUUUUGGGGAAUUUCGCGGGAUUUCGCGGGUCCGCGACCGCGCGAAAUAUCAGAAGCCCUGAGCAUCCGAAAUAAAGUGGAAGAACUGAGAGACUUAAACUCUUUCCUGAUAGCUCAAGUAAUAUUCAUCUCUGAAACAAAGAUUCACAGCUCGAAUUCCAAUGACUUAUUCAACUUUGAAGGGUAUCGACUAGUUCGUAAAAAACAUAAAAAGGGUGGCUGUGGCAUCCUGGUGUAUAUUACACUUUCAUUGACUUCAAAGAAGAUAAAGCUUCCAAGAGAGUACAAGACCAUUGAGGCUCUUGUGAUAAAAAUAAAUGUUGCCGGUAGGGAAUCAAUAAUCCUGGGAAUUUAUAGGCCACCAAAAUCAUCAGUUGGCGAUUAUUUUCUGAGGCUUGAAGGUGAAUUAAAUCGUCUCAUGUGGUCGACCAUGCUAAAGUAAGAUGUGAUAGUUGUAGGUGACCUAAAUUUGGACAGCUAGAACAUAUGUGGACAAGAGAGAAGGGAAACUAUCAUUGGAUCUAGAGGAGGUACAUAUAAUUUGAAAUGUCUUAUGGACAAACCCACUUGGGUUACACCAACCUCACAAACACUGAUUGAUGUUCUGCUGACAAGCAAUCCGGAGUAUUUUAGAUCAAGUGGUAUAAUCAAUCAUGGAUUAAGUGAUCAUACCAUGAUAUAUGGUAUUAUGAAUAAUAUGGUCAAGAAUUACCCCUCUAAAAUUCUCUCGUGCAGAAAUUAUGUGAAACUGGAUGAAGAAGGCUUUGGGAACGACCCAGUUACUGCAGCAUGGCAUUUUAUGGACAUAUUUGAAUCUCUUGAAGAGAAGUGUGAUUAUUGGCACAGUCUUCUCAACUACGUUAUUGACGAACACAUCCCAGUAAAGAAGAAGCAUGUGGGAACUCAAGAUGUCCCUUACGUGACCAAGAACUGGAAGAAAGCAAUCAGGGACAAGAGAAAGGCAGCAAAAGCACAUGCAAACAACAGAAUAGAGGGGAACUGGGAAAUGAAAAGGAAGACCAGAAAUGCAGCUACAAAACAACGACGCAUUGCUAUUAAUAAAUUUCUUAAAGUAAAAUCUGAGGAAUUGAACUUUAAUCUAAACACAGGAAUUCUUCAAAACUUUCAGACCUCCUCUGGCGAAGGGAAAUGGAUCCUCUGGUUAUGAUUGUUUGUUACUGCAUGUGACAUUGGAACUGUGGCCAAAGACCAAAAUGUAGUUGCGGAAGAAUUUGCUGGUUAUUUUUCUACCUUGGCUAAUGAUCGAUAUGGGUGGUAAAUCCAGCUUAUCUUUAACAGAGGACGAUUUUACAACCCAUCCAAGUGUCACAAAUAUUGAAAACAACUGGCCUUCUACUGAUAUGUUCACAUUUACAGAGAUCUCUUAUCGCGAAACUGCUAAAGCCUUAUGUGGCCUUAAUCCUUCAAAGUCCACUGGUCCCGACUUAAUACCGCCAAGAAUUUUGAAGCUAGCCGCAAGGGAACUUGCACCCUUACUGACAAAAAUCUUUAAUCUAUCAAUAACAUCUAGGUAUUAUCCCUAGAGAUGGAAGAGAGGGGAUUGGGUACCUGUUUUUAAGAAAGAUGAAAAAAUGGAGAAGAAGAACUAGACCCAUGACAGUGUAAAAUGCUGUAAACAAAGUCUUUGAACAGCUGCAAGGCAAGCAAGUAGUAACCAAAGUGGAUUUACAUCUUUCCCAAAAUAUGUCAGCCCACAGAAAGCAUCACAGCUGUCAGAUGGCCUUAAUAAAACUUGUAGAAGAUUGGAUUGGAGACUGGCCAUUGACAAAGGAAAGUUCUGGGGAUUAUCUCUUCUGAUACUAGCAAAGCAUUUGACUCUCUCCUUCUGUUGCUCAUGGUCAAGAAACUACAAGCCUAUAAUUUCUGUAACGAGUCAUCAUGUCUCUUAAGAUCUUAUGUUUAAGACCAGCAAGGAAGGGUUAAGCUUGCUACAGUUAACAGCUCUCGGCAUGACAUAAGAAAAGGCUGCCCCCAAGGGUCAUGUUUUGGACCAUUGCUGUGGAACGUGUUUCAGAAUGACUUAAGUUAUAGUAUUAAGAACUGUGAUAUUUCUAUGUAUGCAGACAACCAUCAAAUAUGUGCCUCUCACCAGCUGAUCGAAAACGUUGCUACUCUGUUGAACAACAAGGCUAAGAUUGUAUCCGACUGGUAUAAAAAUAAUUUCCUGCUGGCAAACAAAGGCAAAUUCCAGGCAAUGUUUCUAGCGUCAAAAGCAAAGAAUGCACAAGAGGCGCAGCCCUGGGAAUUAAAAAAGGAAAGGGCCAUAAUGGUGAAUGCUUUUGUUGAGGGCCAUCUCUUGAUCUUUUGCAGGAUUCACACAAUGGCACACUCCGGCUGGAACACUGAAGACCUGAUGGUGCUAAUGUUCAACGUCAAAAAUGGACAUCUCUGAAUUAUUCCAAAUAAUGGAAACUAAUUAUAAUUUACGUAUUUCAGACUUUGUAGUUCUGAGAUGUAAUACUGUAACCUAUAGAAAACAUUCUGUCAGAUAUCUAGGGCCUUAUUUAUGAUGCAAAUUACCGGGAAAUGUACGGACACAUUGUGACUUGAACAGUUUUAAAAGACAAAUUAAGAAAUUGGACCUGGAAAGUUUUUUGCUCGAGUAAUGUCCAACUGGCUGUUUUCUAUGUUUUUCUUAAACUAAAAUCCUACAAUUUUUAACAUUGUACAUAUACACAUAACUCUAUAUUUCUAUUACUUAUAGUAAGUGUAUAGUAGUUUUUAUUAUUAUUAUUAUUAUUUUUUUUUAAUUCACACACAUCUAAGAGUAUAUUUUAUAUUGUAUUUUUUGUUAUUUAUGUUAUGGUGUCCCCAAUUAGCAACACUAUGCUAAAGUUACACGACAGUUGAAUAGAGUUUAUUAUUAUUAUUACACCUGCAUCUGCACAGUCUGCACCUUAGUAUCCUGUAGUCAUGAUGACUGCUGGUGCACCUUUCCCUCCAUUUGACUUUGUUUUUAGACUGUCUUAUGGCAUCACAAAACCUCAAACCUGAUAAAUCAGACAUGUUUUUUCUCCAGUGCUUCUUUUAUCUUCCUAUUCUUCUCCUUCCUUGCACUUUUCUUGGAAUGCAUGGCUGAAUGAAAGACAUGCCCAAAUCACUUGAACUUGGGUUUCUUUAUAUGACCUUCAUUAAGAUGUCAUCAUAGGGCAUGAUGGCUUGCCUGUUGGUGAUGUGGUCUUUGUAUUAGAUGCUUAGCUAUUUCUAAUAAGCAUAAGGUGCCAAUAACGAUGUUAUUUCUGGCACGUAUCUUGCUAGUUGUUACACAAGUCGCAUACUUCCCAGCUCUGCCCUGGUGCACAGCAGAAGGUGUGGUCCUUGUUGAUCUAGGUGAUGACCAAUCCAGUAUGGGCUGAAAAAGGAUUUCUUUUUAGCUGGCGUGUGAUGGGCAUUGGGCAUUAUCAAUAUGAGCGUGGCUGUGUCCUUCUCACAUGCCUGAUUUGGGUUUGGAGUUUUCCUUCUUCUAGAUGGUAUUCCGUCCAAGGAUAAAGAGCCCCAUCUGCCCAAACCUUAUAUACUGCAGGUGACUCAGUCCUUUAACACUAAUACGGUGAACUUAGCCUUCAUUCAAUGAGGCUCACUACAGUGGGUGCCUUCUGGGUGGAAUUUCCGUGGGAACAGCCUCAGACCUGUUGCAAGAAAAGUUGCACACAUAAGUGGGUGCUAUUGGCUAGGCCUAAAAGAGAUUGGAACAUUGACAGUGACCAGAAAACGGCUUGACUAGCUUCAAAACAUGUUUUUUGCCAAGAUGGGUAAAAAGAAUAGCGAUACUCACGGUGAUGUCAACUAUGUGUUAGUCAUCCCUGAGCCUCAGGGUGAUUUACUUUGUUUUAUUCUCCUAAGUCACAUUGAAAUUUUAAUUUAUUGUAAUUGGUCUAUUGUUGUUGUUGUUUUUUCAUGUAGUUUGUGGUGCAGAUAAAGAGUAAAGCUGAGGAAGGAUUGUACAACCUUUACUUUCACAACUGUCCUCUCUCCAACAAGGCAAGGGUUCCAGUGGCAAUACAGGUGAUGAUGUCAGUCUCCUUAUGGUACUGUUAUAUUAGAUAAUGUUUUAUUAAAACAUCUCAGCUGUCUGGAAUCCCAUAUGUCCUUGUAUAUGUGAUUAGCAAAUCACUAAUCACUCCCAUCCAGACCACCUACAUUUCUGUACUGGAGAAAAUAAAUUUUAUUUCCCAGAAAAAAUACUUGAUAAGGCAUCAAUUAAACAUUGGCAAGAGCAGCGUGUAAAAGGGGUAAGUUUUGCUUUGACCCUUUUUUGAGUUUUUUUUUUUUUUUCGCGCAGAAUGGGAGUCCAUCUUUUUAUCCCAUAGACCUUUUGGUUUCCCAUUAUGGCCCCUUGAUCAUCAAUUGGAAUUAUUGACACUUUGUGCCAUAUCAUGUUGUAUUUUCAGUAUACAAAUAUUGUUCACUAAUUGUCCCUUUAACUUAUGGUUUCUAUGGUUGGGGAAAUUGUAGCAUCAUCAAUCUUUUUCUGUUCUCUAGGACUCAUACAUUUCUGCUUUUUUUAUGAGAAUUGUCAGAAUAUGAUUAUGUUCAAGAACCAUGUAUUAUACACAAUCUUAGUUUUGCCUUGUUAUUUACUUACCUUGCUUUAUGUUAUUUUAUUCUAUUUGUUGUUUUGUACAGUGUCUUCAUUGCUUUUUGUUCCAUCUACUAGAUCCUUGUAAUGUAAAUAUGUCUCUCUCCCCUACCCACCUUGAUUAUUUCUUAGGUGGGAAAAUAAUUAUUAUUUAUAUUUCUGGAAAAUAUACCACUCGUAAAAUUCAUAAAAACUACAUCUGGGACCCAAGUGGUUUAUUUUCCAUAAUCUUACUCGUGAAUUUAUCGAUGAUAUAAUUUCGUUAACUUCCCUCCAAAAUUUGUAGGUGUCUUGCGUCCUUUGAAUUUUAAUUACACAUUUUUCAAAGCUUUGCUAAUAUUUUGUCAUUGUAGAGCCCUAUAUUCAGCUCAGUGUUAUUUCUCAAGAUUGUUCUAAACAAUGUCUAAUACUCCUGUACUGUAAAUUUGAGCCAUGACAAUUACUUUUUGGCGAAUAAAAAUCUAUUAUUUUAUCGAUGCCUUUUUGUCUAUAUAAUAAGAAGAACAUUACACGGCGGCUUGAAGAUAUGAAUUUUAUUUUCUCGUAGUAAAAUAUUGUUUUGCCACUCGAAAAUAAAAUUCAUAUCUUCACGCCACCGUGUUAUAUCCUCUAUAUAGUAGAGUUUCAACAAAAUUUGGUCAUUGUCGUUGUCUGUUGUUUGAGUCUUUGGGAACAUUAACGUUGUGUUAACAAGACGUUUUUACCAAAGAAAAUUAAAGGUCUGUAUGAUAAAAUUGUUGAGUGUCAACAAAAUUUGUUCAUUGUUGUUGUCUGUUGUUUGAAUCUUUGGGAACAUUAGACAAGACAAGACAAGACAUUUAUUAUCAUAAUAUUACAAGUACAAUUUUCACAUUAACGUUGUGUCAACAAGAAGUUUUUACCAAAAAAAAUUAAAGGUCUAUACUAUAAAAUUGUUGAGUUUCAACAAAAUUUGUUCAUUGUUGUUGUCUGUUGUUUGAAUCUUUGGGAAAAUUAACGUUGUGUUAACAAGAAGUUUUUACCAAAAAAAAAUUAAGGGUCUACUAUAAAAAUGAUCUAUAGUAUAAAAUGGUUUUGUACAUAAAAUAAACAGCAGGGGCACCCAACGAUGGUUUCCUCCAAAAUACAAUAAACACUUUUUAGGCUAUUCAGAGUACUCUAAGUGGUGCUACAAAAUUUUCAUCUCUUCGAUCAACCUAGGGGAAUUAAACGUUUUACGAAAGUGAGAAUUUUUUUGAUUCCUCUCUCCAUCACAUUUUAGGAUCCGAAAAUUUUAGAUUUCCUUUUUCUAAAAAAAUAGUGUAACCGGGGUGGAAAAAUAUUAAAAAAUGAACUUCAGAAAAUUGUAGGGAAUUUAUUAGAUACCGCUUUGAAAAUUGUACAUGAAUGGAACGCUCAUCUAGAAAUCUUUAGCCGUCCUCAAGCAAAAGAAAAUUCUAGGCAUUAUUUGCUUUUCUGAACAGAUAUUUUCAGAAAACAGUCAUAGGGUGUCCCUGAAACUGUUUGAAGCUUGAUGUGAUCCUAAAGUUUUCGAAGCUUAAGGUGAGCAAGCAAAGGACUAAUAUGUUCAUCAUUAUUAGAGAAAGUAAUUAGCACUUGCACUUUGUGUCACAAAAUUUACAAGUGCCACAGUGCAUGUGAAAGUCGAAGUUUUAUUUUAAAAAAAAAUGCUUGAAAGGCAGAAAUUUAGUUGGUGCUCCUUCUUCUUCAGUAAUUUGGAAGGUGAGACCAAUCUGCUCAAUGUAAUGUUACAAGUUAGUGUGGUCCAUUGUAUUUACAGAUAUACAUUGAAGAAAAAAAUGGAAAGAACUUCUUGUCGGCUGGUGAGGUAAGACUUUUUUGCAGCGUAGCCUCUGGACCUAUUUUCAGACAUCGGAGCAUUAAGAGCUUAUUUCUUAUUGCAAUCAGAUUUUUCCUGUUGAAUGCCUUGAAAUGAGAGUUUUUUUUGCUUCAUCACAAGGUUUUAAGUGUUUGUGUUUAAAGAAGUUCUGGUCUUCCCGGGUUUAUACUACUACAGGCGAAAUUUCUGCAAUUUGAUUGGCUUAUAGAGCAGUGGUAUUUCAGCUUAAUCUGAAAUACCUACAAGUGAAAUUACAAAACUUUUGCGGGUAGUAGUAUAAAAAAAUAAUAGCAUGAUUUGAAUGAUAUUUGGCAUAAAUACUACUGGUGAUAUUUCAAAAUUGUCUCAAAAUUCACUUGCCUAACGGCUCGUGAAAUUACGUAUAACAAUUUUGAAAUAUCACUCUUGGUAUGUAUGCCAAAUAUCACUACAAAUCAUGCUAUUACCUAUACUUAUACUACUACAUGAAUGAUUUCUUCAAUUUGAUUGGCCUAGGGCAGUGGUAUUUCAGAAUAAUUUGAAAUACCUACAUGUGAGAAUUACAAACCUGUGUGGGUAGUAGUAUAAACAAAUAAUAGCAUGUUUUUUAGUGAUAUUUGGCAUAAAUACCACUUGUGGUAUUUCAAAAUUGUCUCAAAUUUCACGAGCCGUUAGGCGAGUUAAAUUACGUAUAACAGUUUCGAAAUAUCACUCGUGGUAUUUAUGCCAAAUAUCACUAUAAAUCAUGCUAUUACCUAAAAUUAUUCUACAGAUGUGAAAAGUAUGUAAAAUUCAGUUUAAGCAUGACAGAAGUGAUGUCAUUAAACAUCAACUGACCCUGAGUGUAUGGCCAAAGUGUUGCAGGGUGUUGUCCUUGCAGAAAAUUUGUGGCAAAUAAAAGGCGUUUGUAUUUAGAUACCAAAACCAAAAAAGAGCCAGCUUCCAUAAAUUGAUUUAAUAGAUAUUUUCUCUUAACCCAUUUUUGUUAUCCUUUAGGAACCACUACCUUAUAUGUUUGGUGUGCUGUCAGCUCUAUUCUUUGGGACUGCAAUUUUCUGGCUCCAAAUACUCAGGAAAAAUAGGUACCUAUUUUCACAUAUUGUGAGUUGUUACAUGGUGACUUAAAACAAACAAGGCUAUUGGUGCUUAACAUAAAUUAUUACAUUAAAUGUGAAGCAUAUUAUGUUGUGAUUUGUCAGUUAUGUUAAUUACCUAUUUUGUAUUUACCCAUUGGUGAAUGCUGACAAAAGCUAGUGAUCACUCAAAUAGCAGUACACGUCAAUUUUCAUGUGAUUUUUUUUUUCCUGUUGGCGUGCAACGCUUUUUGUCUCAAUAAUCCAGAUUGUGACAGAAAUACCAAUAAGAGUAAUAGUGUGUACUAAUACCUUAAACAUAGUGUUCUCACCUUUAUAACAUUUAUUUUGUUGGACUGUUUUUUACUUUCUUAGGGAAUUUACGUACAAAGUUCACUACAUGAUGUUUGUUCUAAUCUUAUUAAAGGCUCUUGAUCUGAUGUUUCAGGCAGUAAGUUCUCUCCUAUUGAUUGUCUUGUCGUUACAUGUGCAUCAGCUUGAUGUAGAAAGUGUUUCAAGGAUCCGACUUAUACUAGUGAUAGAUUGAUAAAUAAUGGUUUGUUGACUUGUGGAAUAAUAUUAAGAUGGAAUCCAUCAGGAAAUUGAGCAAUUCUAAUUUUGAGUGGACAAUAACCUUGUACCAUAAUAAUUUAAACAAUGUCGCAUUCCUUUUUAUAUUUUUCAAGGGCUAUAGAUGUAAUUAGUUAUCUGUAAUGACACCAAAGAAAAUUUCUUAUGGGAGCCCAAGAAAACAGAUGUUAAAUUUCACAAAAUGACAUCUUACACAUGAAAUUUUCAGAAUUUUACCUGUGUUUUCACAAUUCUUGUGAAAUUUGGCAUUUAUUUUCUCGAGCUCCCAUGAGAAAUAGUCUUUGGUGUCAUUACAAAUAACUAGUUAUAUCUGUAGCCCUUCAAAUAUGUAAAAAAGAAUGUGAUAUUUUUUAAAUUAUUCUGGUACAAGGUUUUUGUCCACUGAGAAUUGAAAUUACUCAAUUUCCUGAUAGAUUCGGUCUUAAACUUCUAAACGAAAACAUUGAUGCAAGUAUUGAUAUAAAAGAAGAAGGUAUAAUCAAAAACAUGAUGAUAAAUUUACAGAAAUAGCAAUUAAUAUUGAACAAGAAUAAAGUCAUGUGUACACUGUAGGUAAAAAUUUGAUGUGAACAUUUAUUUUCAGCAAAAAUGGUUAGUGUCCUUUUCCUUUCUGUGGAGGUCAUAAAGCUGAUGGUUAGUGUUAAAUACGCACAGAGUGUAUGCCGAUCAUUCUUCCUUUCUUUCCAAGGUUAAUUAUCACUUUAUUAGCAAAGAUGGAAAACCAGCUGAAUCAUGGGAAGUCUUAUACUACAUUACACAUCUGUAAGUACACAUCAUUCACUAAACACUUGAACCGCUGACACUAGAUACAGUAAAAACCCGCGACUAAGAACCUAGAUUUAACGAAUGUGUUAGGCUAAAAAUUUACCAGUUAGGCCCCCUCUGUACAAGAACCUGUUUAGCCUAAAAUUUGAAACAGGUUCGCAUUUUAUAAAUUCUAUAAAAAAAAAUAUUCUGUACGAAGUUCUUAAUUUUCACGCUACUCACUUUUAAUAGGUCAUUAUAGGAUUUUAAAUGUUAUUUUAGUUUUAGUAUUUUCAUUUUAAUAGAGGACCGUCCUGGAAACCACUCUUAGUGAUGGAGGCCUCCUCUUAAAAUAUGUAUUUUAGUAGUAGUAGUAGUAGUAGCAGCAGCAGCAGCAGCAGUAGUAGUAGUAGUAGCAGCAGCAGUAGCAGAAGCAGUAGUAGUAGCAGUAGCAGCAGCAGAAGCAGAAGCAGUAGUAGUAGCAGUAGCAGCAGCAGUAGCAGAAGCAGUAGUAGUAGCAGUAGCAGCAGCAGUAGCAGAAGCAGUAGUAGUAGUAGCAGCAGCAGCAGUAGUAGUAUUGGCAGCAGCAGCAGCAGUAGCAGUAGCAGCAUCAGUAGUAGCAGCAGCAGCAGCAGUAGUAGUAGUAGUAGUAGUAGCAGCAGCAGCAGCAGCAGCAGCAGUAGCAGUAGCAGCAGCAGUAGUGGCAGCAGCAGUAGUGGCAGCAGCAGCAGUAGUAGUAGUAAUUGGGCAAAUAAGAUAAGUCAAUAUUCAGGAUUCUCUUUAGAGACAUAGUAUGUACGGUUUUUUGUAAGGAAUAAGCUGAGUACUACUCAAUGCUCUUAGCUACAAAUUAUUUUUUUCGUCAGAAAAAUAGGAACCCAUUUAAGAACCUGGUUAGCCUGCGGAAUCUGUGCUAAUUACCAUUUAUGGAAGAACCUGUUUAGGCUAACUUGAGAAAAUGUAGGUUCUUAGUCGUGGGUUUUUAAUGUAUUGAUUGUUGAAUUCCUGACAGUCCUUGUUACUGUUCUCCCUUCCUUCUAAGUGUGUGUGUGUUUUUUCUUAUAAACAAAUAGAAGCUUCAGUUCAUGGCUCUAAUAAAGUACAUAACUUAAAAUAAAGUUAUUCAGUUCGGAAUAACCAAUUUUCAGCUAAGCAGAAUACAUGUAGUAUCUCAUUCAUUUAUUUUAAUUUUUGGGUUUCAAGUUUGUUUAUGAUCUGAUAUGCGAUGAUACACUUGCAGUCUGUAUUCACUAACUCACAAGUUGCUAAGCUAGUCAAGGCCAGGUCAGAAUCACAAGCUAUAUUGAUUUACACUGUACUGAAAAAAUGUCCAAAGCCUGCAGGUUUCAUAGUGAAGGAAACGUAGUACAAAGGGAUAAAUUAAGAUAGCAAAACUGUUAAUCUUGUCUAGUUCAAAGCAUGGUUAAGAUAACCUAGGGUUAGUGUGAAAUUUUAAUUCAGAUAUAAAGGCUUAAAAAGUAAAUUCAGCCUUAUUCUGUUUGUCUACAAUUUGAUGAUUGGAUGCUGUAAAGGAAUAGGGAAAAUUAACAAAAGAAAAAGAAACCAGGGAUAAAAUUUAACCCUGGGUUAGGGCUAAUCGGCCUUCAAACAGUUGGGCCCUGUCUUACAGAUACCAUUGUAAAUUAAGUUUCAAAGUAAAAUCUGAAACAAAUAUAUAUUCAAAAGGUCGUGGAGCUGUUAAAAUUGCGACCGCUCUUAAGUAGUCUUACUAGUGAUAUUUUUAUUUGUAUUGCUCUUUAUAUAACUUAGCAUAUUAUAUUAUAAUGUUAUAAAGUUAUACUGGCAUUUGUGUUUACAGUAGCGUAUCCUGUAAUGUUUUUAUGCCGAUGAUGUUCAAUUUAGUCCCUAUUACAUUUCGAUUUUGUUAAUGUUACCGUUUGACUUUCCUUUUUAGGUUAAAAGGAGCGCUUUUAUUUGCCACCAUCGUUCUGAUUGGUACUGGGUUCUUCUUUAUCAAGCACGUUCUAUCUGACAGAGAUAAAAAAAUUUUUAUGAUCGUCAUACCUCUUCAGGUACAAUUUCAUUGUUUAUUCAGCACCGUCAAUGAACUCAUUUUAUUUCAACUAUUCACAUUCCUUUUGUCACUUUUUCUGUAGAUUUUAGCAAACACAGCACAGAUUGUGAUGGAGUCAACAGAGGAAGCUAACACACAAUACACAACUUGGAUAUCCUUUUAUAAAUGAUUAAUGGCAGCUAGACUCAAAACUGUCCCCAGUGUUCUUUUCCCUUCACGAGAACCUUAACAUAUUAUUGGCUAGUAUACAUUCAGCAUUGACAUUGGCGAAACGGGAAGCUGUAUACUUUAGCAUGACGGGGAUCAGAUAUGACUUUUACGAUCUCACCAUUAAAAAGGGGCAUUAUCGGCUUUGGUAUGAGGUUAAGUUUAUUGACGGAGAACCAUGCUUUACUCUAUCAGUGGCACCCAACGAUGGUUUCCCCCUAAAUACAUUAAAAACACUUUUCAGGUUAUCCAAAGUACUUUCAGAUGUAUAGAAAUGCAUUUUAAGUGGUGCUAUAAAAUUUGUAUUUGUUCGGUCAUACUAGGGGAACUUUAGUCUUUUCGAAAUUACAAGGGCUUCUCUAUUAUUUCCCCGAAAAUUUUAGCUGCAAUUUAACGUUUUACGAAAGUGAUAAUUUUUCUUUUUCCUCUCCCCAUCAUAUUUUUGAAUCCGAAAAUUUCAGGUUUCUUUUUUCUACGAAAAUUGCCCUAACAAUGGAAGUAAAAUGUGAGAAAUUAAACUGUAGAAAAUCGUAGAGGACACGCUUCGAAAAUUGUGCCUGAAUGGAACGGUCAUCUAGAAAUUUCUAGCCGUCCUCAAGUAACGGAAAAUUCUAGGCAAUAUUUGCUUCUCCGAACACAUAAUUCACAGAAAACAGUCGUUGGGUAUCCCUGAGCUAUUUACAUAAUACUUCACAUAAUAACAUCAAUAAAGACAAUGAAACUGUGAAAGCGUGGAUCCCUACGAUCAGUAGCCUGCGUAGCAGGCGCUUGGAGGUAGUGGGCACUAGAAAAAACGGGCGCGCGAGGAGAGUCACCCCUCGCGUGUCUCUCUCGUACGCACCGGCGCUCUCUCUUUCGCCCACUACUUCCAAGCGCCUGCUACGCAGGCUAUACGAUCAGUCAAGACAUCAACUUAUCGGUAGCAGCACAACGCGCACACCGCAGCGCCAACCACGUGAUGGAUAUGCCAAUAACAAGCAACCCGCUUAGGUGUCAGGUGUUAUGCUACUGAAUAGUCCCGACGCUCAAUAAUCCGGCAUGGCUUGAUGCAUGAAGACCAACACAACUCGGUCAAUAAUCAAUAACAAAGUAUUACACAAAUCACGCUGAACAUUCGUUUUCGUUGUAUUGAUUAUUUAUAGUGAAAACCGGGGUGAUACUCCCUUAUAUAAGCCAUAUACUGAGGUAUGUGCCGCCCCAGCGGGUAGGGUUUUUGCGCCGUUUCGGUCUGAAAACGAGUAUAGACUUUGUCUAUUUGGUCUGGAAUCGGGUAUGACUAUGGGAGCGUAUGGAACUAUCUGUUGUUUCAAUUCCAAAUGAAUAAGGAAGAAAGAUAAUAUGCGAAUUCGAAAUGGAUUUUAAGAAAUCUUUUUGUUGGCGCCUCAACCAAAGUAAUUUCAGGUCUGAAAACGGGCCUGGAUUUUUUAGGCCAAGUCUGAAAACGGGUGUGGAAAAUGACAUUUUUGGGUCUGAAUUAGGGUCAGGAUUUAGAGUACCAGACGGCACACCCCUGCCAAGAUUUCAUGGGAGUACUCCCAGGAUUGAAAAGUACCAACAUGUUGAUUCCUUAACUAUACUCACAAAGAGCUAUUCAUCUUAGUAGAUCUUCUGUGCUGUGGUGCUAUUCUGUUUCCUGUUGUGUGGUAUGUAAGACUUGACUUGAAGCGGGUUAAUAUUAUGACGGUAAAAACCAGAAACAAAAAGUAGACUAUUAUAUGACGGUCUUUUUUGUGUUUGAAUUCAGGUCAAUACGGCACUUACAAGAAGGCUCACAAACCGAUGGAAAAGGUAAUUAUAAAUACUACAUUGUAGUAGAACUUUGCUGGCCUGUUUUUAUCAAAAUUGAAUCUUGUGAAUUUGAAUAAUUUUUUUAUGUAUUAUGGUCUUUUUAGAGACAAUUGAACUCAUGGCCAAAAUCAAAUUCAACAACAAUUCCAAAUUUCAUUUUAACAAUGGUGAAAAACAACUAGUUUCAAACUGUUACAUGUAAAAAAUACUUUUGAAGGGAAUCACUUUGAAUGGUAACACCACACUUGGGAAAAGUAUUUUCUUCCUUGAGGACUGAUCAGUACGGUCAGGGCCCAGCCCGAUGAAGGUUGGGCGGUGAAACGAGCGCGUCCGAGCAAAAAGGUGUGAUGCAGUGGACUUGGACUCUACUUAGAAAUGUCGCUUGUUUUCGACAUCGGUCAGGGUUUGCGAUGUGGCUUGUCCAUUAGACUGCCGCUGUCACUGAAUUAUGGCGGCUUGAUUUGUUUUAUUGCACUUCUUCUUCGUUACUUUGUGCUGGUACGCUGUCUCCGAGAGGCAAAUGUUGCUAUUUUUUGCGGGAGUUUUAGUUGGAGUAGACAAACAUCUCUUUCAAAGGGUUUCUCUGAUUACUUCCAUGACUCUACCACUGAAUUAUAUUUUCGUUCUGCUACUCCUAACUCGCCAAUGUCGCUGUUAUUCCAAAACAAAAACAACUAAGUACUGUCUAAAACACGAAGGAAAAUGUCAUCCAUGGAAAAAUUAAAAGACAGCAGAUCGUGUGUUUCAAAACUAGAUGACGUGUAUUUUAUAAAUGCGUGCAGCUCGUGCAAGGUGAAAUUAUGCUAAUUUCAAUCACCAUCAUCCUUCUUUUUAAUUUUGAAAAAAACGUCUCAUACGUCUUUCUGUUUCCUCGAAACUUCAAAAUUAGUUUCCCCUCAGUUUUUACUGUUUAUCUUGUUUUGUUUUAGAGAGAAAAAGGGAGAAAAAACUUUACAACUAACCUCAAUAAAUAUUGUUUACAUGCGGUUGCCGGAUUUGCGACGCAUUGCGCCAAUCCCCAUGGCGCGUUGUACCCUAGAAGCAAAGUUUGAAGCAGUACAACGCCACUAUAUCAAAAUAUAUCAAUCUAAUUUUUUUGUUAUGUUAUAUAAAAUUUAUCCCUCUUUAACAUAUGUCAAAAUUGAGGUUAAGAAGUGUUAAGCUUUUGCAAACCAAACGGCGAAAGACGAUUAGGUGAUAUUUAGUGGAAGGAGGAGGUAUUCAACACUUUCAAAUUAAACUCAAAUUUUGGCAUUAUACGACCAACAAGUUUGACUUAUAGGCAUACAGACACAAACAUAUGAAACUGUUUAUUGAUAUUGUUAUGAAACUAAUUUAUCUAUUUAACAUUGUGGCCUGAAAUUGCAGAAAGAAAAUAGGAUUUCCGGUUUGCAAAAAGGAAAAUUUCGCCGGUCUUCAAGCGCACUAGAAGCGCGGAAAGAGGGCUCGUGCCAGUCCUACUCCGCAUCACACAUUAAAUGAAGAGCGGAGCGCUCGUUUCACCGCUUAACAUUUAUCCGCCCUGGUACUGUAGUUCAACCGGCUUCGUUCUUACAGAAGUUUUAGAGUCAACUGAGUACUGUUGUAGUCGUAUAUUACUGAUUAGGCAUUGAUUUUAUAUGUGUAUUUUUUUAUUGUUGUGAAGGCCGUAAGUUAGAUAACUCAUUGGGUUAUUACGUUACCUUCAUUAAAUAAAGAAUAUUGUAUUGUAUUGUAUUGUACUGCCUCUUAAUUCUCGGUUGGUAUUAUCGCGCUCAUUCUCGUAUGCUGCAGGAUAUUACUUUAUAACUUGCUAAUCUACUUACAAUUAUUUUUGCAGCGGCUCUCAAUUUAGCCAAACUGAAACUCUUUAGACAUUUCUAUGUGAUGGUAGGUCAAACAAAACUGGACAAGUUUUUUCUCAUAUUUUCUAUAUCUGUUAGUAAGUAUGUAAGUAAAUAAAUGAAUUAAUGACUGAGUGACGAUGCCUGUUUAACUUAUAUAAACCAUGCUUGCCUGACAUGCUUUGAAUCACCGGGACACCCGGUAGUUUGUUUCUGUGCAGUGUAGGAUCAUGUUUUGAUUUAAGGCCGUAUGGACAAAAACGUACUCUUGUGUUCUAAAACAGGGGCGGAUCUAGGGGGAGGGUGCAGGGGGUGCGCACCCUCCCCUGAGAUGACCUGCGGUUUUCUAAUACAAUUGGUAUUCUGCAAAAAAAAAAAACUAUGUGGUUUAAUGGUGUUGAAGUAGAGCAAGAGACGAGUGCACCCCCUCCUAAAAAAAAUCCUGGAUCCGCUCCUGUAAAAGAUCUAGUAUUGUUCGUGGAACAUUCGCAGCAAUGUUUUUACCGAACGAACAGUCGGAAUAAAAACCACUUCUCAAAACUACCAUGAAUUGGUUCUUUGAAGAUACAAUUCGUGCAACUUUGAUUUCCAUACUGUUAUUUCCUUGUAGAUUGUAUGUUAUAUCUACUUCACACGGAUAAUUGUCUACUUAGUAAAGGUGGGUAAUGUACCAGCCUGCACUGCUGUCCGGCACGCCAUCAGGUUCAUUUGGCCGGAUUAUAAUGAGGCAUUUAACAUGCGUAAAGUUAAUUAGUCUCGCUUGCGUAGCAGCGAGACUCAUAAUCUGCGGCGCGUUUUUCGCCCCGGGCAGGGGUAGUCCCUUAUAUAGACUUUAUAGGAUUCAGGGUUAGGUAUAGGUACAUUUUAGUUUGAAUUUAUCGCAUCUUUUGAAUGUAAAACAUUACCAAUACUCACACUGAAAUGUACUAGUCAUGGAUAUAUGUAUUGUCCGCAUUAAUUGAGAAGAAUUAGCAUAACGUUAAAACAUUGAAUGUUGUAGCGCGGAUUUUUGACCGGUUCGUAGGAUAGGUUUGUUUUGAAAUUUCAAGGUGUUGCAGUGAAUCAAUCUUAAUGAAUGUUUCAAACAUUAUUAUAUACAUUAUGAAGAUUAUGUGAAGAGAUUUUUAAAAAAAUUCGUUCGAGUCGUUUCAGAGAUACAAAAAGGCGCUAAAAGUCCAAAUUUUGAAUGAAGUUGCACUUAGACAGGUUGUGAGAAAACGGGAUAGUUUUUAAGAUCGCAAGAACGAAAAUACACCAAAAUUUCCUAGCACCGAAAUAUGAUAUUAAGCAGCAUUCUGACGCUACUUAAGAAUAAUUGAGUCCCUUAUAACGUUUUUAUUAAAUAAUCUAUCACGGCUAUUGAAAUUUAAGGUUUGAAAUAUAUUUUCGUUUUAGUCAAAUUCAAACGUACAGAAUUUUUUUUUCUCACGGAGGUUAUUUGCUACACAUCAAACUUUAAGUUCCUGGUGUUGGAUUUUCAGUAGGUGGUCUAGAUCGCCCAAAAUUAGGCGUUUAUCAAUUUCAAAGUUUUUUGUUGAUUGUUGUCAUAGUAAUAUCGAUUAUACUAAAACCUACAUUUUGACAAAUUUCGAUCUAUAGUCAAUCAUUGGUGAAGCGAUAGGACAAGGAUAAAAUCACUUUUAAAGCAAUUGAAAAAUAUCGGUAUGGCCUCUGAAAAACUAUAAUUAUCGAAACACCCUAAGCGAAGGUGAGACCCUUUUCGUUCUAAUAUGCCACCUUUGUAUUGCUGCUGUCUUUACUCUCGUAGAGACGACUUCCGCCCGAAAAGUGUAACAAGUCCACUUACGGUUGCCGUCCGUCGCUUGAAGUUUAUAGGGACUUAAAGAUCCAACGACGCGACGGCGACAAGAACGUCGCUUCAAAAGUGAAUUUGCGUUCUUUCAGUCUUUAUAGCGAUUAUUCCUACCCACUUACUUUAUCAACUGUAGGCGAACCCUCCUGAAGCUGAAUUUCAAGGGACCAAAGUCAAGCCCAGAAAGAGAAAUAAAAUUUCGUCGUUGCUUGUUUACGUCCUCCAUAAAACGCGAAAUUAGGCAUUUUCACGUCGUAGUCGUGCAAGAACGGGAAAGAAAUGUACAAAAAAGUGUGAUCCACGUGCGAAGUUGUUGUUUUGCUGAUUAAACCAAUUGUUUUUUUGACGUUCUCGUUGUCGUCCGCGUCGUUGGAUCUUAAAGUCCCUUAUUUCUAAAACGAGGCGCAAGCAAAGGUGUCUCCCGGGUUUCGGAGUAAAAGCUUUUUCCCGCCCGUGUUGCGCGGAUAUGUUAGAGGUCAAAUUAAAUUCAGGUUGAUUCUAGGCUAAAAAAAUUUUACCUGAAUAGGUGGUUUUCACGUGACGUCAUCGCCGCCAUGCUGGUGGACAGUAAACAAAAGAUCGCUCAUUAGCUCGUUUUGUUUGUCCACCAGCAUUUGUUCAUUUCACCAUUGUUAGUUGUGUCUGCCGAGACUGCAUGGAAACCACCUAUUUAGUUUUGAUCUGUCACAGAUAUACCGUUCUUGUUUUAUGGUUCUUCUUGGCCCUCAGUUUGAUCUGUAGUAAAUCAAUAUGUAGGUUGAGUGGAAAGUGACUUUACCAUGUAAAUAUAACAAAUUCUAUAUUUGUAUUACAUCCCGCAAACGUAAGGCGCAUAGUGGUAUUACGAGUGUAGUAGAAGGAGAAAUUAACCAAUGAAAUGAGAUGUUCGCUCAUUUGUCCUUUCCACAGAAAGUAGAAGGAAAGCAAACAUGUUUAACAUGUCUCUUGUAUUUUAGAUAACAGUACCAUUCCAGUUUAUGUGGUUGGAUGAUGUAAGUUUUUGCGGUUUGUCUUUUCUUGUACUGAGUUUAUUACCAUCAUUAUUUUGAAAGUGAAGAUCAUUGUUUUGUUGUCUGAUUUCAGUUCUUCAGUAAUGCAGCAUCCUACGUCUUUUUUGUUCUCACUGGGUAAGAGACAAUUUAUAACUUUGUAGGUUCUUGUCGCUGUCCAUGUAAUUCAUCUCGUCUAGGUUAAGGUGUUGAACUGCGAUGUCUUUGUCGAGCUCCCAACAAACAAUAGACUGACAAAUGGCGCCACCAACACGGUUCAGUUAAGGCAUGUUUUCUGACAUAAGCAAUUUGUCGCGUGUUUAUUUUUUCUGUGAGUUAGGUACGACUUGCAGUCACGCGUGUAACUACCAUCGAUUUUAUGGCGAUAAUUUUUUGCUGCUAAAUCAUAGUUAAUUUGAACUUGCUCGAAUUUCUUUGCCAUUUGAUUUCUCUGAUUUCUGCUCCUGAGGUGCAAAGGAGACUACCUCUUUAAAUGAGCAUUUACAUCAGAGGAAAAUGUUGCAGUAACUGUUACAUAAAAAUUGGAAAUCUUCAUAAAAUCGCCACGAAAUCGCUACAUAAGACGCAGUAACAUAGCGCAACAAAUCAUAUGUGUAAACGAACCUUUAGAAGGUUAGCAGUGCGGUAAUUGUUAUUUAUACGAUUUUACGUGGAAUAAUGCUUUGUCGCAUAGACUGUUUUUUUUUUAAUGCCUUCCCCACCCCUUUUUUCCAAAAAGCUGAAAAGAGACGUUCAAGUGAAGUGUUGAAUAUGAUAAAUCUGAUUUGGGAUUUUGACCCGCAGAAUCCAGCCAAAAGGUAGAUUAUUGUGGCCUCAUAAUCUGUUUCUGGAUUCCCCCCCCUCCAAAAAAAAUAGAGACUGUACAUCUGACUGGAUUUGCAAAAACAUGGCUACAGAAAUCUCUCUACGGUAUAUACUGACAGAUUCUUGUAGUGGAGCAUGUUUUUUUCUUCAUGGUUACUUUUAUUUAUUUAAUUUCUACCGAAUAUUUACUGAAUAGGCUGCAGUACAUAGAUUUUGAUGAGUUUCUCACUGGCCAUCAAUCUACCCCCGCCCCCAAAAAAGUUUUUCAUAGCUUCCCAUAAUAGGCCUUUUGCACGAUGGCGUCAUUUUACUACUACGACCAGAAUCCUUUUCGUUUUCCUUUCAUGUUUAAAUUUGAUAAAUCCCAGCGAGGUUUAAAAAACAAAAACCCUAAAACCCUGAAGGCUUCUGGUCGUAGUAGUAAAAUGACGUCAUCGUGCAAAUGAUCUAUUCUCUCUUUUUGGCUGCCUUGAGCAAAGUUUUCCGGAAGGCAUCAUUCAGCCUUAUGAAGGACCAAUUCUCGCGUCUGCAAAGUCUGCUGCGUCCAAUAUCUUCUUGUAUUUCGUCUCAUUUCGGGCUACACAGGUGAAAGACUGAUCCCGGGCUUGAGACAGAAAGAUUGGAUAUUGCAAGCUUCGUUGUUGACAGUAACAAGUCUUUGGACUCACAAAGAAGGCUCUAAGGGUGAAAUCCAUUCGGGGAGAUUGAUGUUGAUUUCUGACCAGGCCAAACACUUAGUUAAAAAUUGUUUUGAAGGCGGGGGACUCCAUGUCUCCUUUUCAACCUCUGGUUUACAUCCGGGAUCUUGAAUAAAUCGACUGUUUGAGUCGAGAAAAGUUUCAUGUGACGAUUUAUGUGGAGAAAGCGAGAGGUUUUCGGUCGGAGUAAUUUGACGAUGUUUCGCCCGUGUUAAAUGUGGCAAUAUUAUGAGUGGUUUUCGAAAGUGUUGUGAUUUCCGCGAAAUUUAUUGUGUGAUUACCGAGGUUGUUGACAGUUAUAUGGUUGAGAAAACUUUGUGUCAAGCAUAAAAACGCUUGUCUGGAUUUGCUAACUCGUGGCUAAAGAAAUUUCAAGUGCAUUUUAACAAUUUGGCAUCUAAGUCGAAUAAAAAGCAGUUAAAAGUCACUAGCGGAGGCUUAACAAUGACAACUUUAUUGCUGGCAACAAACGGUAAAUUUUCCUCGCAGAAGUAACGGGAUUUUGCGAUGAAAUUAACAACGAGUUUGAAACGUCGGGAAAGUAUAGCUUGUUAGUCAGUCAAACCAUGAGGCCCAUAGCUAAGUCUAUGCUGAAAACACUAGAUGUAAAAUCCACAAUCUUUGAGCACAGAAUCGGCUUUCUAAGGCAAAAUCACCUACCUACACUAAACCCUCACGAAGCGUUUUUAUGCUUGGCAGAAAGUUUUCUGGUAACACGAGCCCAACCACAUACCUGUCAACACAUUCGGUAAAUCACACAAUAAAUGACUUUGCCGGCAUUCAGAACACUUCCGCAAACCACUCGUAAUACUUCCACGCUUAACAAGGGCGAAACAUCGUCAAAUUACUCCGUAAAAGUCUCGCUUUCCCCACAUAAAUCAUCACAUGGAACUUUUCUCGACUCACACAGUCGAUUUAUUCCAGAUCCCGGAUGUAAACCAUAGGUUGAAAAGGCGACAUGGAGCCCCCGCCUUCAAAACAAUUUUUAAAUACGUCUUUGGCCUGGUCAGAAAUCAGCAUUAAUUUCCAUCUCGCCGAAUAGAUUUCACCCCUGGAACCUACUUUGUGAGGCCAAAGACUUGUUACUGCAAACAACAAAGCUUGCAAUAUCCAGUCUUUCCGUCUCAAGCCUGGGGUCAGUCUUUCACACAUAUAGCUACCCUGGGUACUUUUCUCGCGUGCGGCGGGAAUUUUCUGUGUUGGCCGAAGGCCGACACAUCUCUUGACAGAAACCGGAAACCGCGCUAGAAAAGUCUCUGGCACCCAGGGUAACAUAUAGCCCGAAAUGAGACGAAAUAUGAGAAGAUAUUCGACGCAGCAGACUUUGCCAGACUUGAGAAUUGGUCCUUCAUAAGGCUUAAUGAUGCCUUCCCAGAAAACUUUGCUCAAGGUUGCCAAAAAAAAAACUCUAAGACAACCCACUAUGAGAGCCGAGUUCAGUCUAAUACGCGCGCGGAAAGAAAGAAAACGAGUGCCUGAAGUGCGUCAGUGCAGUAUGUGUUUAGCGCCGGUGGGCUUUUGUAAUAGAGUUUCUUGGUUCUGCAGAUAUAAAUUCCGACCUGCUCCAGAUAAUCCCUACCUUCAUGUGCCUCAAGGUGACAGUGAUGAUGAAAUGGAAAUGGAAGAAGUGUAAGUAUCUUAAUGACCAUUCCAGUACACCAUCUGUCGUCAUUUCAGCGUGUUUGACUUGUUCAUCUUUUCGUUAUCUCCAUUUCAGGGUUACAAAUGCAGGUCUUACCGAAGGAGUUACCAGGCUUCAACCUUCAUCGGACGGAAAGAGAAUAUUUGAAACUGCAUAA